AUGCCACAGACAGGUGUAACUGUGCAGGCAGGUGGGGUCGUGUAUAACGUGAUCAUGCUGAAGGCAAUGAGAUCUUGGCAAACGGCCAUAUUUCGGUUUGUCGGCAUUGAGAGUGCAAUGAAAUGGGUGGAGAAGUACGACGAGACUGCGUGGACUACUGACGACUCAAUUUGGACCGAAGUAGUGGCAGACAAAGCGACCCUCAUCGAUUUCUUGAAACAGGUCAACGUUCUCGGGGAUAUCUACGAUGCUACAGGGUUUUGCAGAGAAACUCCGCUUGAAAGCUCAAGCAUGGACCUCGGUAUAAAAGCAAUUAUACAGCGACCCAGCGAAGGAGCCACGAUGUUCACAGUCCCCUCAGAGAUCCUUCGUUACCCGUGGUAUGAUACCAAGGCAAAUCAAAAUCACCCUGUUUGGAGCAAGCUUAAAAUGGCGGCGGCAAGUAUGGAUUUAUCGAGAGACUCAAGCGUCAAAUUGUUUUUUAUUGGAGUUAUUCAUUAUGACUGGAAUCAUUGGUGCGCUGUUGGUGUUAACUUCAAGACGAGUGAAGUUGUUAUCUACGACCCACAAAAUACUGGCCACAGAUUCGACGCAAUUAAAGGUUUUCUCAAGACGCAGCUGGACGACUACAAUUGUGGAGUGUUUGUGCUCCUUUUCAUCGACCUUCAGUUGUAUGGAGUGCAAGUGACUGGCUUGGAUAGUGAAAGUCUUAGCAGAGAGGCGAUGGAGUUCUUCCGCUACAGACACCUGAGUCUCAUCUUAGCGUCAAUGUGA